AUGAAUGCUGAAAAUCAAACUACUUUUGCAUUAAUACCAAUAACAUUCAUUGGAUCAGUUUUAAAUUUCUCUAUUUUAAUUGCCAUUUAUAAACUUCCGGCAUUGAAUAACUCAUUUGGAUACCUCACUGCAAAUCAAGCAAUUGUAGAUGCCCUUCAUUCGGUUAUUUUCUUGCUAUACUUUUGCCCAAUGGUCAUUUUGGACCAACCAAUAAUGAAGAGUUACUCGUUUAUCGUGGGAUGUUUCCUUCUUUUCUGUUAUGAACUUUCAGUUUUAACACAUUUUUUGAUAUCUAUCAAUAGAUUUUGCGCUGUUUGGGUACCACUCAAAUACGAAAAAUGGUUCAGCAGAAAGAAUACAUCAAGCAUCAUUAUCCUGUUGUGGAUUUUUGAAGUGGCUCUAGCAAUUGUUUUUUACCAGAUUCUCUGCCACGUGGCUUACUUGGAAGAGAUUCAUUUUAUUCAAUUUACUAACACUAAAUUCUGUGGCUUUGUUGCUUGGUAUGAUGAUUUUGUGAAAAAUUCUGUAAUUAUCGCAAUAGUUGUUUGUGUGGAUAUUUCAACUGUUCUUCGCGUUCAUCAUGUAACCAAAAAGGUACGUGGCGACAACAAAUUCACGCUUCGAGAUUUGCGAUUCCUGAGACAAUCGGUUUUUCAAGGAACCGUAUUUCUUCUAGAGUUAGUAACAUAUUUCUUCAUCCCACAGUAUUUUCACAAUCAGUGGAUCAUUUUUCUUGGAACUUCUUUCAUGUGGGUUUCAAUUCAUGCAAUCGAUGGAAUGAUCGUCGUCAUGUGCAACCCGGAAGUACGAAAUUUUUUGAUGGGUCGCAAGAAUGUUUACCAAAUCACUGGUCCGCAAAACACGACAGUACCUGAAAGAACACGUGAAAUGAGCAACAUAUAA